AUGUGUGGGAGCCCAGGCUCCUUCCAGCCCCUGCCCCCCAGCUCAGGUUCCCCUCAGCCCCACCCCCCCAGCCCAGGUUCCCCUCAGCCCCAACCCCCCAGCCCAGCCUCCCCUCAGCCCCAACCCCCCAGCCCAGGCUCCCCUCAGCCCCAACCCCCCAGCCCAGGCUCCCCUCAGAGCCAAUCCAAGGGAAUGUGUGGGAGCCCAGGCUCCUUCCAGCCCCUACCCCCCAGCUCAGGUUCCCCUCAGCCCCAACCCCCCAGCCCAGGUUCCCCUCAGCCCCAACCCCCCAGCCCAGGCUCCCCUCAGAGCCAAUCCAAGGGAAUGUGUGGGAGCCCAGGCUCCUUCCAGCCCCUAACCCCCAGCUCAGCCCAGGCUCCCCCCUACCGUAACCCCCCAGCCCAGGCUCCCCCCUACCCCAACCCCCCAGCCCAGGCUCCCCCUACCCCAACCCCCCAGCCCAGGCUCCCCCCUACCCCAACCCCCCAGCCCAGGCUCCCCCCUACCCCAACCCCCCAGCCCAGGCUCCCCCCUACCCCAACCCCCCAGCCCAGGCUCCCCCCUACCCCACCCCACAGCCCAGGCUCCCCCCUACCCCAACCCCCCAUCCCAGGCUCCCCCUACCCUAACACCACAGCCCUGGCUCCCCCCUACCCUAACACCACAGCCCAGGCUCCCCCCUACCCCAACCCCCCAGCCCAAGCUCCCCCUACCCCAACUCCCCAGCCCAGGCUCCCCCCUACCCCAACCCCCCCAGCCCAGGCCCCCCCCUACCCCAACCCCCCAGCCCAGGCUCCCCUCAGCCCCAACCCCCCAGCCCAGGCUCCCCUCAGAGCCAAUCCCAGGGAAUCUCAGGUUCCCCUCAGCCCCAACUACUCCAACCCUGUAGCCCAGGCUCCCCCCUACCCUAACCCCCCAGCCCAGGCUCCCCCCUACCCCAACCCCCCAGCCCAGGCUCCCCCCUACCCUAACCCCGCAGCCCAGGCUCCCCCCUACCCCAACCCCCCAGCCCAGGCUCCCCCCUACCCCAACCCCCCAGCCCAGGCUCCCCCCUACCCCAACCCCCCAGCCCAGGCUCCCCCCUACCCCAACCCCCCAGCCCAGGCUCCCCCCUACCCCAACCCCCCAGCCCAGGCUCCCCCCUACCCCAAACCCCAGCUCAGCCCAAGCUCCCCCUACCCCAACCCCCCAGCCCAGGCUCCCCCCUACCCUAACACCACAGCCCAGGCUCCCCCCUACCCCAACUCCCCAGCCCAGGCUCCCCCCUACCCCAACCCCCCCAGCCCAGGCUCCCCCUACCCCAACCCCCCAGCCCAGGCUCCCCCCUACCCCAACCCCCCAGCCCAGGCUCCCCUUUACCCUAACCCCACAGCCCAGGCUCCCCACUACACCAAUUCCCUCCAAUCCUCGGCUCCAGCUCCGACCCCUCACCCCCAGCUCUCAUCUACUCCCACCCCCUUCUCCCUCCAGGGUCAUAGGGACACCAUCUCAUUAAAGGCUGCCUGA